AGCCUUCUCAACACUCCACCCUUCCCCCAAAAAGGAGCACAAAGGAGGAAGGAAUGGUCACUAUUUCCCUCACAGUCUGAUCCCAGAAACUUGCCACCAUGUUGAGAGGUAGCCCAGGCCACAUGAAAGGACCAAGUAGAAAGAAACUGAAACCUUCCACCUUCCAUCAACAAUCACAACCAACCUGCCAGCCAUGUGAGUGAGCCACCCUGGGAGUGAAUCCUCCAGCCCAGUCAAGCCUUUUAGAUGACUGCAGCACUAGCUGACAGCUCAACAUCACUCUCAUGAGAGGUCCAAACCAGAACUGCCCAGCCAAGCUACCUCUGAAUUUGUGACUCAGAGAAACCAUGAAAGAUUUCUUCUUCCUGGAAAGCCUGAUCUUUGACCAGAUGGCAGUAACAUUUGAAGAUGUGACUGUUAAUUUUACUUGGGAGGAGUGGAAAAUCUUGGAUUCUUCUCAAAAAAAGCUCUACAGAGAGGUCAUGUGGGAGAACUAUACAAAUGUCAUGUCAGUAGGAAACUGGAAAGAGAGCUACAGACCCCAAGAAGAAAGAUUCAGAUAUUUUGAACAUGAACAUCUUUCCUGCUGGCAAGGCUGGAGGAAUGCCAGCACUCAGAUAUAUGAUAAUCAAAACUAUGUGAAAAUGGUUCAAGGUAUAGAUUCCAAAGACCUAAAGCAGCAACACCUUUCUCACCGUCAAGAAUGGUUAAUACUCUUCACACAAGUACCAGGGUUUGGGAACUAUGAACUGACUUUUGAAGGCAAAAUUCCCAGGAACUUAAAAUAUACGAAGUGUAUACCUUGUCAAUCCUUAGAAACAAAACACACUGAAGACAAUGGUAGAGAAAUCUAUGUGAGUGAUUCAUGUGGUUUUCAAGGAUGCGGAUACCAUGUUGGCAUAUCCAGGAAAAAUCUCUCUGUGGAAAGAGAACAGAAGCUCAUAGGUCAGCAUUCUUACAUCCCAGGAGAGGAAGCCCUUCCAGGGUACACUGGGGAGAUAUGCCAAAAUGACCUCCUGAAAGGCUCUGUGGAAGAGAAAUACUGUGGAUGUAAUAAAUGUAAAGAAAGUUAUUAUUGGAACUCACAGUGUGUUCACAAGAGAAAUCAACUUGGAGAAAAGUUCUAUCCAUGCUCCAUCAGCACAGCAUGCUUCACUCAGAGAUCAGACCUAUACAGACAUCCAAGAAUCCACAUAGGUAAGAAGCUGUACAGAUGUAAUGAAGUUGCCAGUAACUUUAGUCAGAGCUUCAGUGUUCACUUUCAUCAGAGAGUCCACCCAGGGGAGGUACCUUAUAUAUGUAAUGUGUGUAGUAAGAGCUUCAGUCAGAUCUCCAGUCUUCAUUGUCAUCAAAGAGUCCACAGAGAAGAGAAACUCUAUAGACUGCAGUGUGAUAAGGACCUCAGUAGAAAUUCAUUACUUCACAUUCACCAGAGACUUCACAUAGGAGAGAAGCCUUUUAAGUGUGAUCAGUGUGGUAAGAGUUUUAGUCGGAGUUCAGUACUUCAUGUUCAUCAGAGAGUCCACACAGGAGAAAAACCAUAUAAGUGUGAUGAGUGUGGUAAGGGCUUCAGUCAGAGUUCAAAUCUUCGAAUUCAUCAGUUAGUCCACACAGGAGAAAAGUCCUAUAAAUGUGAUGACUGUGGUAAGGGCUUUACCCAGCGCUCAAACCUUCAAAUCCACCGGAGGGUGCAUACAGGAGAGAAGCCUUACAAAUGUGAUGACUGUGGGAAGGACUUUAGUCACAGCUCAGAUCUUCGCAUUCAUCAGAGGGUCCAUACGGGGGAGAAGCCCUAUACUUGUCAUGAAUGUGGGAAGGGCUUCAGCAAGAGUUCCAAACUUCACACUCACCAAAGAGUACAUACUGGAGAGAAACCCUAUAAAUGUGAACAGUGUGGGAAGGGCUUCAGUCAGCGUUCACAUCUUCUCAUUCAUCAGAGAGUCCAUACAGGAGAAAAACCCUAUAAAUGUGAUGAUUGUGGAAAGGGCUUUAGUCACAGCUCAAAUCUUCACAUUCAUCAGAGGGUCCACACAGGAGAGAAGCCUUAUCAAUGUGCUAAGUGUGGUAAGGGUUUCAGCCAUAGCUCAGCUCUUCGAAUUCAUCAAAGGGUCCACACGGGAGAAAAAAUUCAUAAAUGCCAUGAGUAUUAUAAGGGGUUCGAUCAGAAUUCACAUCUUCACAGUAAUCGCAGAAGAAAAACCUUAUAAUUCUGUUCAUUUAGUUAUAACAGCUUUAAUCAAAGCUUCACCUUAAGCCCAGUAAAUGCUGCUGGGAAGAAAAUUCUAUAAAUAACCCAAAUAAUCCCAAGCAACAUUUAUAGUUUCCCCUAAUUCCUACUAAGAAUCAUUUGCUUCAAGAAGAGAUCCUUAGGAGGAUAUUUUAAAUUGAAAUGUAUUUUCUUUUUCUACAAUAAGUAUUAUGCAUAGUCAUUAUAAAAUAUAUAGAAGAGUCAAGAAGAAAACUUUUCAUCCUGUUUCAUUCUAAGCAUUUUUUCCUGUGCAUUUUCAUGUGUAUGAAGUCAUACUGUAUGUUCAAUUUUAUAUUUUCACUGACUUCAAAACAUUUUCUUAUAUUUUGAUUUGAAUUGAAAUUGGCUAGCUAUAAAUGAAAUAGCAUCUUGACUCACCUGUAAAGUCCCUAAGAAGCUAUAGAAAAAAAAUGAAAACACACAAAACUUGAAACUCGAACUGGUAGACAACAAGUUCUCAAAUGUUGAAGAAUUAACUAAAAGGCCAGUAAAUUUGGAAAACAGUGUAUGACCCUUAUCCAAAAUAGGGUAUCUAGAGAUGUUAUUUCUGUCACCCAGAAAACUCAAGAACCAGCCUUUUGUUGCAGGGGUGCUGCACUAUGAGGUUACCAUAAUACACUCUCACCCAUUCCCCUUCCCAGUUUUCCACAUUUAUUCAUAGGUUCAGACACUAGGAGGUGUGGAAAAAUUCUGGUUUUCUGAAAAACCAAAGAGGGAAAAUGGAUAAAGACCUCUGCAACAGUAAUUGUCAAAAGACAACAGAAUGACACCUUCAGAAUUGUGAGGCUGAAAAAUCUGUUAUGGCCCAUAGUUUAUCUUAUCAACUAAAUUGACUUUUACGUUUGUAGGUAACAAAUUAGAUAAGCAAGAAAACAGAAAACAUAUCAAAUAUGUACCUUUCUUAAAGAGAGCUCAAGAAUGUGGAAAUCAUAGUGUAAAAGAACUGAUAACAAACACUAAAAUCAGUUAAGCAUGCAGUUAAGUCUUGAAUAAUUGUUAAUUUGUUUACAAAACUUCAAAAAUAUUAAAUAGUUGUAUAAGAAAAUUUUAACAUAUAAAUGUUAAGUAUAAAAACAUUAUAUGUUAAAGUCUGGAUGGGAGAGUAGGGUUAUCAGAUAAAAUCCAGGACACCCAGUUAGGUUUGAUUUUCAGAUAUACAAUGAUAAUUUUUUAGUAUAAGUAUGUCCCAAAUAUUGCAUGGAACUUAUACUGAGAAAUUAUUUGUUCAUAUAAAUUCAAACUUAACAGCACCCUGUUUUUAUUUGCUAAAUCUGGCAACCAAACAAGGGAAGGACAGCAAAAGAAAGUGUGCUACAUCUCUGACCUUAAAUAGCAUGGAUUCAUUACAUUUUCUUCUUGACUUUAACAACUCUAGAAAUAAAGGUCUAAAUAUGUUUUUACAAAGUUAGAAAUUGCAACUAAAAGAACUAAAAACAUAUUUCUUUCAAAACAAAGAAGAUAAAAGCAA